GUCGCCAUGAUGCGCAACACCGGAUAUCCAUUUACGCGUAUUGGGCAGUCAAGACGCGAUGAGGGGCUGAUGUCUUUUUUCUUGAUCUUACACUACGCUCAUCCCUGGACGCCCACGUUGUAAACUGCGUGCCAUAUACCCAAAGCCAAUAAUAAUGCCUCCCCUAAACCCAUUCUCGCCCAUCCUAAAAGCCUGGCAGAACUGGAGGGGCCUCCGCCUGCCGUGGCGCAAGCGCUUCCUCGUCGGCUCGGACCUGCAAGGCAACACGUACUGGGAGUUCCGCGACGUGCGCGCCGGGCCCGACGCCCCCGGGCCGGGACGGUGGCGGCGCAUCGUGCAGUACCCGCGGUCGACGCACUACUCCGAGGUGAAGGUGACGCCGCAGUGGUCGCAGUGGCUGCGCCACGUGCGCGAGGAUCCCCCCUCGCUCGAGGAGCAGCGCGCCGACGUCGCCCGCCGCGAGCGCAUGAGGCUGCUGGCCGCCGAGGCCGACGCGAGGUGGGAGGCCAAGCCCCGCGUCAUGGACGACCCGGCCUCCCACGCCGCCGCCGGGCCGACUCUCGCCUCGCAGCCUGGUGGCGGCGAGGCGCGGCCGGGCGGGCUGGAGCCUGGCCCGGAGGCUCCGGGCGCUGCCAAGUCAGAGGAUCCUUGGAAGAGAGCGAGGGGAGGGCCAAGUGAGGAUUGGCAGCCUGAAGCUUGGAAUCUUAGCAAAAGUUGCAAGUGAAAGCACAUGCGAAGGCAGCGAACCACGUACCUAGAUAAAGUUGGCACCGUAAAACACCAUGUUUAUAUCAAACUAAACAAAGCAAACACGCGAAACCAGCAACGGUAAUACAAAAAAAAGCGAAAGCAAUAAAAAAUAAAAAAGCUUACUGCCGCUUCGGGGCGGCAGCUACGAAACUCC